CUGCCUGCAUUGUCAUCAAAACGCCAUCUGUUUCUGUAUCUUUCAUGGAAACAUAUAAAUAAAAUAUUGCGUUCUCGUUUUCUGCAAUUAUAAAAUCUUUUUUGGCUUGUGGAUCUGUACGGGCAUUUCUCGAGGAAAUCGAUGGGAAACGCCAACGGUAGAGAAGAUGGAGCCAUUGGCAGCGAUGAUCAAUCCGCCGCUGGAUCAGACAUCCGUAGCAGUUAUGCGCCGACUUCUCAGCCUCCGGUUCGGGCUUCUUCAAUCGAUCCCAUGGCGAAUAGUCCGCCUCCUAGUCCCGGCCGAUCUCGAUCACCGGUCUUGUUCGCUCCUCAGGCUCCUCUAGCUCCACUGCAAAGAGGUAAUGGUCCUCAUUUUUUCAACCAAAUGUGGCAGAACGAAUCUCAUGGGAUUGUUGAUCAACCUCCUGAGCGAGGAAUCCCUGUCAUGAUUACAUGGACUUAUGGUGGUAACAAUGUGGUUGUACAGGGAUCCUGGGAUAAUUGGACUUCUAGGAAGCAGCUGCAGAGAGCUGGCAAGGAUCACUCGGUUGUUAUGGUCCUCCCAUCCGGCUUAUAUCAUUACAAGUUUAUUGUUGAUGGCGAACAGAGAUAUAUACCUGAACUUCCUUAUGUAGCUGAUGAGAUGGGUUGUGUCUGUAAUCUUCUUGAUGUUAAUGAUUAUGUACCUGACAUUCCCCAGAGUAUUAGCGAAUUUGAGCCCCCACCCUCUCCAGAAGCCAGUUAUGGCCAAGCGUUUCCUGCUGAAGAAGACUUCGCAAAAGAGCCAAUGGCAGUCCCUCAACAGCUGCAUCUCACUGUCCUUGGUAUGGAGAAUUCAGAUGUAGGUACCUCUUCAAAGCCUCAACACGUUGUGCUAAACCAUGUUUUCAUUGAAAAAACUUGGCCGCAGUCUGUGGUUGCGCUGGGACUUACUCAUAGGUUCCAGUCCAAAUAUGUGACCGUUGUUCUCUACAAACCUCUCAAACGGUAACCUUUUGCAAGGGAAAAAGAAGAAAGGUAACAUGACAUCUUUUCUCCUCCCUUUCAUUUUUCAUUUUUAAUACCUCAAGUCUGUAAAGUUGAAAUUUUAUGUAGACUCAGUAGGUAUAUGAACGUGUUUUGUUUUGUCCAUAAAUGUGCUAUAAGUCAUGUUUGUGUUGCUGUAUAAAAUCUUCUCGUUUUCCAAUAA